GUGGGGACCAGUAGCUGAGAGACUGGCAGCCCCUCCCAGCUCUGGGAGGAGCCUGAGGCCUACCAAGGCCUGGUUUUCUAGAAGCGGUUUGGGGCCUGCUGUCAAAGAGAGGGUUUGAGGGGACCUUGUUUCAGAAGAGGUUUACAGGCUCCUCAGCCCCGGAAGUCUAGAGGAAUCCCUGCCCCCUGCAGCACCUCCGUCCCCUGCCUCCACCGCCCUCAAAGGAACACGGGCUUUGUGAAGCUGCUAAAGCACCAUGUGCGUGAGAGAGGCACCCACGGCUCAGAUGGUGAAACCUCGAUUUGCCGGAAGCCAGCUCCCGGGGCCCCUUCACCCUCCGGUCCGUGUUUGAGGGGAGAAGCUGCCACCGUCCCUGCAGAGAAGGCUGGAGGUUCCAGCCGUGGAAGCCUAGGGCGGCUGACGCUGGUCCCCGCUGCAGAGAGGGCCGGGAAGCUGCCGGGGCCGGAGCCGAGAGGGGCCUUGGCCCGUGGCGGCCCCGCAUCAGCCGGUGGGCGAGGGUGGUGGGAGGGGAGGGAGGGGUGGAAAGGCCUCCAGUACUGGCUCAGGCGCGACCCCUGUCGGCCGGGACGAGCCCGCUCCUGCCCCUCAUGGCCUCCAAGCCGGCUGCCGGGAGGAGCCCGGGGGAGAAGCGCAAGAGGGUGGUGCUGACCCUGAAGGAGAAGAUGGACAUCUGCCGGCGCCUGGAGAAGGGGGAGAGCAGGAAGGCGCUGAUGCAGGAGUACAACGUGGGCAUGUCCACCCUGUACGACAUCAGGGCCCACAAGGCCCAGCUGCUCCGCUUCUUCGCCAGCUCCGACUCGGACAAGGCCCUGGCGCACCGGCGCACGCUGCACACGCCCAAGCUCGAGCACCUGGACCGCGUGCUGUACGAGUGGUUCCUGGUGAAGCGCGCCGAGGGCGUGCCCGUCUCGGGCCCCAUGCUCAUCGAGAAGGCCAAGGACUUCUACGAGCAGAUGCAGCUGACCGAGCCCUGCGUGUUUUCUGGCGGCUGGCUCUGGCGUUUUAAGGCCAGACACGGCAUCAAGAAGCUGGAUGCGUCCAGCGAGAAACAGGCGGCCGACCACCAGGCUGCAGAGCGGUUCUGCGGCUUCUUCCGGAGCUUAACCGCCGAGCACGGCCUGUCCCCCGAGCAGGUGUACAACGCCGACGAGACCGGCCUCUUCUGGCGCAGCUUGCCCAGUCCCAGCCCGGAGGGCGGGGCGGUGCCCGGCCCCAAGCAGAACAAGGACAGGCUGACCGUCCUCAUGUGCGCCAACGCCACGGGCUCCCACAGGAUCAAACCCUUGGUGGUUGGGAAAUGCGGCGGCCCCAAGGCGGUCCAGGGCGCCCAGCACCUGCCUGUCGCGUACAAGGCCCAAGGUAACGCGUGGGUGGACAAGGAGAUUUUUACUGACUGGUUCCAUCACAUCUUUGUGCCCGCGGUGAAGGAGCACUUCCGAGCCGUGGCUCUGCCCGAAGACAGCAAGGCCAUCCUCCUGCUGGACGGCUCCCGCGCGCACCCGCGGGAGGCCGAGUUGGUUUCGGAGAACAUUUUCACCAUCUUCCUGCCCGCCGGCGUCACCUCCCUGAUCCAGCCCAUGGACCAGGGCAUUCGCAGGGAUUUCAUGAGAAACUUCGUCACCCCUGGCGGCACGCUGCAGGCCCUCACCCCCCGCUUCAGCGUGCACGACGCCGUGCUCGACGUGGCCUGUGCCUGGAACGCGGUGCCAGGCGCCGUCUUCAGCCGGGCCUGGAGGAAGCUGUGGCCCGAGGUCACGCUCGUCGAAGGCUCGCCUUCAGAGGAGGCGCCCGAGCGCCUCAGGACGAAGCCUCCCGACCAGACCUUCGCGCCCAGCCCCGGGCUCGGGGGAGGCGCCCCGGCCCGCCGUGGGAGUGCGGCCACGGGGAGUCCCGAGCUGGCCGAGGCUGGCGGCGGUGACGGGGCGGCCUGGGAGCAGGCGGCUGCAUCCUUCGACGCUGUGCUGCGCUUUGCGGAGGGGCAGCCCUGCUUCUCGGCACAGGAGGUGGGCCAGCUGCGCGCGCUGCGCUCCGCGUUCGGCCGGCGGCAGCAGGCGCAGCGGCGCAGAGCCCUCGGGGCCGCGGUCAAGCUCGAGGCGCCCUGGGAGCACUCUGGGCCUCGCGGCGCCCCGCCUCGCUCCCCUCUGCCCGGCUCGUCCACGGCGGGUGAGGCCUGAGGCAGCGGGGCCCGACCUGCGGUCUCGGGUCACGUCCCUCAGGGCGGCCCGCCCCGUCGGGGUUCUGCCGUGUGGCCUGUCGUGCCACAUGGGCACCAGGGGGUCUUCCUGAAGGGCCCACCCAGACCCGAAACGUACCGGAGCCUCCGGUGGCCAGAAGCCAGCCUCGCGUUCGCUGGCUGAGCCUUGCUGUGUCCGAGGGUGGAGACGUCUCUCUGUCCAGGUGGGGAAGAGCUGCCUUCAGCCGACCAGUGGCGGUACCCGCUGCCACUUGACGGGGCUGGCACUUCCUGUGGCCCACCGCUCCCCUCCACCGGGACUCAGUCUGCUGGUCUGGGGGCCAGCCCUGAGUUGGGCAGGUCACCGAGGGAGGGACUCAAUACGAAUAAGAGUCGGCGUGGCCCCUGCCUGUGGCUUUACAGGCCACAUGUCCCCCUUCAGUCGUGAGCUCUUGUAGCAGCACAAGCCUCUCAGAGUUUCUCCGUGUUGCCAGCACAUCCCGCCUCUCGGGCUCAGACCCCAAGAUGCGGCAGGCUGCACGCCGACUUGAUGUGGUAGAAUUGCUCCGUCAAGGCCAGCGGGAGCGGGCGGCUGGGGUGCCCGUCACCCCAACGUGGGGCUACAGGGCACUGCCGGUGUUUCGAGCAUCUUGGCUCCAAGUCCAACCUACGGGCCUCGUUCCCCAGAAUUUCACAUUUACAGCCUCUGCAUUAAUAAACUUUGACCAGAUGUUCAGAAAUUAGCCUUAGGCGAUAUAACAAAAACAGUAAAACAUGCAGCUGAGCUGUCUAGCAGUAUUUGAACUCCUGUUCCCGGCCGUUUGCCCCGCAGUGAUUCACGCGCGGCAAGCUGGCUGUGCUGGUGGUCUCGUAAAGGCCGAUUGCGGGAUGACGCGGCUGUGUUUCCUGUGUUGCAGCCGAUUCCAGCCUCUCCGUUCUGCCAUGUCGCUCGUCAGCACGGCCGUAGGACAGAGAGCCCCUUAUCGGCGGUGGUCGCCCUCUUUGAAUGCACGUGAAAUGGGCGUGCUUUUCCGUGCUCUUUUCACUGCUUCGCCUUCAGCUGCAUCCCCUUCUUGGGUAGCUGAAUCGGCACGUAGUUUUCAUUCCUGCGUUUGUUGCGUGCUGAGAGCCCUCUGUUCCCGUGAGAGCCGAGGGGAGGUGAGGGCUCGGUUCGCAGUCGGUUUCUCUGUGUUUUUACAUCUUUCCAAACAGUGAGGUGACAGUCGUGGCUGGCCUGGCACUGCUCUGUGGACCGUGUGUUUCUUGCUUUAAAUGCGUGUAUGAAGAUUGUGAAACAAGCACAGAUCGUUUUCAAAGUGUCGUUGCCGAUUCUUUGGGCCAGAUUGCCUCCUGCUGUGCUGUCACGUCGGUUUCCUCCCCGUGUUUGGGGCGGCACCUGUGCACCGUGUACUUUUGUGCCACUUUUGGACUCCUGUGCGGUGGAAUUGCGGCUGCUUGAGGUGUUGACAGGGUUAGGUGUCGGGCGGCAGCGUGGAGGUGGACGGACACGCGGAGAAGCUCCCUCCCCGCUGUCAGCGCCUCGACCCCAGCCCAGCGGUUCUGGAGCAGCAGGGCUGUGCUGGGGGCCGGCGGCGGGGGGGACCGGCUCUCCUAGGCCCCCCGUGGGUGCUUUGUCCCCACCAAACUGUAGACCCCAGGCCAGACUCCUGUCCUGCCCUCACAGCCUGCCCCCGUCCUGGCUGUUUCGUGGCCGAUCACCGCGCACUCGUCGCCGGCCGGCUGAGGGUGUCCGUCCUCCUUUCAGGACCAGACGCGCCCCCUGUGCUGCGCUCUUCAGGGGGCAGGACUCGGCCCUGCCUGCUUCCCUCUCGCCUGAUGAGCCAGCGCGCCCCCUCCUCGUGGCCUCAGUGCUGGACAUCCCGGGCGGUGCGAGGUUUCUCGGGGUGCGGGCUGAGGUGCUGCACGAGGUGCGCGUGCCCGGGGAGGACCGGAGCCCGGCGGCGCCCAGCUGCCCUGGGUGCCCCUGCCUCUGCCCCGCCCCCGAGCGCCCACCCCUGGGGCUUUGCUCUUCACUCGCCAUCCGGUUUCUGAGGGGCUUGAGGGGUCAGAAUGUUCUGGUCUCAGAAUCUUUCCUAAACAGUCUUAGGGGGCCCCACUGGACUGGGUGUGAAAUCGGAGCCGGGUGGGAA